AUGAACGACUACUAUCAAGAGGAAAGAGUAUGGAGAAGAAGAGACGGAGAGAAGCAGAAACCCUUGAGUGUUACACUCAAAAAAUAUUCAUUGACAAUCGCCGCGAUUUCCAUGCUUUCCCACGUGUUUCUAGACGGUCUUCUGUCCGUUUCUCUUCUUUCUUCAAUCAUGUUCACUUAUGUUUUGUCGUAUCGAAAGGCUCGAAUUAAUGUAAAUGAAACUUAUUAUGAUUUGAGGAGAAACUAUUAUAAGACAUGUCUAUUGAUAUUCUCUUCAACUUUUCUCGCGAUUCUUCGUGUUGCUUUCAUUUCUUUGAGUGAUGAAUCCAGAUUCUCACUGUACCUCGCCUAUCUUGCUCUAUUUCUCGCAUUCACCGAGAAUCUUCAAAUGAUGAGUGAAGCAGAAUCAUACACUCCUCCGCCUCCUCCACCAGUUCAUGUCAGGAGAAUGCCACGUUAUGCGGCUGCGGGAUAA